AUGGCAAGCGACUUCCCGCUUGUCAGAAUGAAUGAGUCGCAGCAACAACUUUUCGAGAACUCCCUACUCCCUCGUCUGGAAGCAGAGCUCCAGCAGCAGGUCACAAUCUAUUCUCAGCAGAUUGCCGAGGCGCUCGCGUACCACGCUCAUCGCGUUACCGCAGAGCAUAUGGAUGUCUUCUUGCAAAAGUUCCAGAGUGUCUCACGCUCUCCAUUCUCACCGCUAUCUUAUGGAGCUCAAGACAUUACACCAAAAGCGGCAGCCGGGGCCUCGCGAUGCAGAAGAUACCUAUUCCUGCCUGUUCCCCUUCCUCCGACCACGAUUUUAUUCCAAGGUAACUUCCUGAGUAGCUUUCGCUCGACCCCUUGCGCGAUGCUCCAGCAGGCUUUGUCGUCCCCCGAUAUGGUCGAGCUCCUUGGGCAUCGCGGCACUCCUUCGACAUAUCUGCCACUGCGAGACGUCUCCGUGUGCCCUAUUGUUGACAAAGUGAGGAACUUUGGUCGUGCGCUUCGCGUUGGGCGUGCGUUCGAGAAAACGAUUCGUGUCGCGAUGAAAACCUUCAGCCAUCUUGUCAAGAAUACCAGCUUCGGAGAGCUGUUGGAGCGCCCAGUCGCCCGCUUUAUGCUCGGUCUCAUACUAGAGCGCGAGUGUGCGAACUUCGGCACGACUCCUGUCUUUGUUGACCGAGCCCGUCUGUACAUCGUGCGACUUCGAGGCCUCACUCGCUAUCUCGACAUGAUCUGCCGCAGUGAAGAAAGCCUGGCCCAGUUCAUCAACAAUCUUCGCACCCCCACUGUCUUUCACAUGAGCCAUUCGGGCGCGCUCAUUCGACAAAACAUGAACAUCGUCAUAUAA